AUGGUUUAUAAUACGCCUUUGUCAAUUGUUCCUAUUCAGCACGCAGGUCUGUUAGCAGACCGAUCUCUUGGAUUCUUUCUACAGCACGCACUGGGCAAUCUCAGAGCAAUCGAACUUUUGGCUGCGGAACUUUACCUUCCUGAACCACUCCUCAUUCUUACUCCAAUUUUCCACAAACCGAAAGUGCCCGGGAUUGUCCGCAUCAUGGAAGACCUCGAAGAAGGUACAUUCUGGCUCCGCAGUCACAGCAUCGAAGCAGAUCUUAAAGGCGGCGAGGAACUUGUCGACGUUCUCAGGAGCGACAGUGAUGUUAACAUGAAGGCUGAUGCCAUGAAAUGCGUGCGAGUCUUGGAUGUGGGUCGACAUGAUGCCCGAAUGCCCGCGGAAUAG